AUGGCGGUAAUGGAUUAUGCAAACAAAGGUAAUUUAAGAGGAAAUUUAACAAGAAUAAUCAAAAGUGAUUGGAAUCAAAAAUUAUAUAUGUUAUAUGAAAUUAUUUCUGGACUUGAUGACAUACAUAACCAAGAUCUUAUUCAUUGUGAUUUUCAUGAUGGUAAUAUUUUAAAUCAUAAUGAGAGUAAAAUUUAUAUUUGUGAUUUAGGAUUAUGUAAACCUGUAAAAUCAUUUUUGAAAAAAUAUGAUAUUUGUGGUGUUAUACCAUUUAUGGCACCUGAAGUUUUAAGGGGCAAAUCUUAUACUCCAGCUAGUGAUAUAUAUAGUUUUUCUAUGAUUAUGUGGGAAUUUACAUCUGGGAUACCACCAUUUAAUAAUAUAGCACAUGAUUUUCAACUUAGUUUAAAUAUUUGUAAAGGUGAACGUCCUGAAAUUAUUGAAAAUACUCCACAAUGUUAUGUAGAUUUAAUGAAAAGAUGUUGGAAUGAAGAUUCGUCAAAAAGACCAUCAUCUGAAGAAAAUGAAGAAUUAAAAUGCAAUAUUAUGGAAUUUAUAAAUGCACCAAUUGGACAUAAC